AUGUUCACCGAGAUGGAUAACAAGCUUCAUUCGAUCAUUGAACUACCAACUAUUGCCGACAUUGAGGCAUCGACCGAUGUCCUUAGUAUACGAACAAAUGCCAUCAAAGUGGUUCGAGUGAAGGAACGCUUCGCUGUCAAAAUCGGGUAUUCGAUCCCGCCUUUGGAAGCUGAGAACAUGAAAUUCGUUGCAGCCAACAGCAAGGUUCCUGUGCCAAAGGUUCACGCCAACUUCAUCGACCCAGAGACCUAG